UGUUGUUAUGAUUUUGUUUUCUCUCUAUUGAUGACAGUGUCAAUGUGAUAGAAAAACGGCAACACUCUGCACUAUGUCUAGCUUCAACUGGCUGAAUAUUCACAUUGUGUUAUUCUUUCACAUUCUUGAUAGCAGUAACUACCUCGCCACUACGAUGACGUCAGUACAUAUUCAAAAGUCGGAGCGAAACGACUUGGUGAUACUGAAUUCAACACUGCUCUAUGCCACUAGCCACUUGGACUGCGCCAGGAAGUGUCUGCUGUCUUCAUCAUGUUAUUGUUAUUAUUUUAACAUUCAGGAAAAAACAUGUGACAUUGGCAAGUGUAGCAUCGACCACGUGAAUGUAGUCCCAAAGAAAGAUAUUUACAUUCCUUGUGAGUUCAACAAAGGUUUUCAAUUCAUCACCAUUGGAGGAGCUAGAGAAUGUCUUUCAGUGUCUACAAAGAAAGCUGAUUACAUCAGGGCCAGGGAUGACUGUAGAAGUAAAUCAUCCCACCUUUACACCAUACAUAACUUGACUAAACUCACCUGGCUACAAAGUACAUUUGGUAGUUCUUACCUCUGGGUGGGUCUCAACGACAUUGAUGUGGAAAACACUUUCAGAUGGGAAGACGACAACUCUGCUUUAAGUGUUGAUCUCAAGACUGCACUAUUCGGUUCAGGCAAGUUACUAAUGAAAUUUUUUUGUUCUUCUUCAUAG